AAGUUCAAAAGGAUCUCCAGUACAAUCCCAAGAACCAGCCCCAUAGGACAGCCUACCACUUCCAACCUCCUAAAAACUGGAUGAAUGAUCCAAAUGGUCCGAUGUACUACAAGGGAAUUUACCAUCUUUUCUACCAGUAUAAUCCUUAUUCUGCAGUAUGGGGUAAUAUAUCCUGGGGACAUUCUAUAUCUUAUAAUCUGGUAGAUUGGAUUCAUAUAGAGCAAGCUAUUAAUCCAACUGAGCCUUAUGACAUCAAUGGUUGCUGGUCUGGUUCUGCAUCAAUUCUUCCUGGGGGAAAUCCUGUAAUUCUUUACACUGGAUCAGACUUUAGAAACCGUCAAGUUCAGAACAUAGCAGUGCCCAAAAAUCUAUCUGACCCUUACCUUAGAGAAUGGAUAAAAUCCGAUCACAAUCCUUUGAUGACUCCAAUGAAUGGCAUUGAUCCACAAUUCUUCAGAGACCCUACAACUGCCUGGGAAGGGCCAGACAAAAUUUGGCGAGUUGUUGUUGGGAGCCAAAUUAAUGGUCACGGGACAGCUCUUUUGUAUCAGAGUAGAGAUUUUGUGAAGUGGACUAGGAGUCAUAGACCCCUUCAUUUCUCAAAUAAAACAGCAAUGUGGGAGUGUCCUGAUUUCUACCCUGUUAGUGUUGAUGGCAUAAAUGGACUUGACACAUCCGUGCAGGGUACAGGUACCAAACAUGUGCUCAAGGCAAGUUUUAAUGAUCGUGACUACUACAUAAUAGGAACCUAUGAACCAGAAACAGACACAUUUAGUGUUAAUCCUGAUUUCAUGGAUAGCAAUGUCAAACUGAGAUACGAUUAUGGAAUAUUUUAUGCUUCUAAAACUUUUUAUGAUAGCGCGAAGAGGAGGAGAAUACUGUGGGGAUGGGUAUUGGAGGCGGAUGGUGAACCAGAUGAUGUCAACAAAGGAUGGUCUGGACUUCAAUCGCUCCCCAGAAGUAUCUUUCUAGACAAAACUGGAAAGCAAUUAUCGCAAUGGCCUAUUGAAGAGAUAGAGACAUUGCGCAGAAAAGAAGUAAAUCUUCAGAAUAAAGAGAUAAAGGGAGGUACUAUGUUUGAAAUUACAGGUAUCACAGCUUCACAGGCUGACAUAGAAGUCUCUUUUCACUUGCCAAAUCUUGAUGAAGCUGAAUUGAUGCAUCCCGAAUGGCUGGACCCUCAAUUCCUUUGCAGUGAAAAGAAUGCAGCAACAGGCGGAGUUAUUGGGCCAUUUGGUAUUUUGGCCUUGGCUUCAAAAGAUUUGACUGAACAUACUGCUGUCUUCUUUCGGGUAUUCAGAGGCCAUGAUAGUUAUGUCGUGCUUAUGUGCAGUGAUCAAAACAGGUCAUCUUUGAGAGAGGAGGUUAACAAAUCCGCUUUCGGGGCUUUUGUUGAUGUCAAUCCUGUAGAAAAGAUUUCGUUGAGAAGCUUGAUCGACCACUCAAUCAUCGAAAGUUUUGGAGGUGAAGGAAAGACCUGCAUCACUGCUAGAGUCUACCCAAAGUUGGCUAUUGGCAAUGAAUCACAUGUUUAUGUAUUCAACAAUGGGACAGAAAGUAUUAGAAUCUCCAAUUUAAGUGCUUGGAGUAUGAAAAGAGCUCAAAAUUUUCCAUUGCACAAAAGAAGAAAACCUGAAAUUGAUUAA